UGUUUCCGCUUGUUCAGCGUCCAGAGUGCCGUGUAGUUUGGUCCUGCCGAUGGUUAACAGGACCUGGCGACUAUAUUUGUGUUCCGACGUAGACAGACAAGGCGAAGACGAACAAUUUUUGAACGAACUUUUGCACAAACAUUUAGUAACAGAACAAAACACCAAAUGGUCAGGACAGAGGGGCCGCUGCGUCCGUACACGCCGCCAUCUUGAAAACACAUCUUUUCCGACUAUACCUUGAAUAAAAAUAGAUUAGUAUUUCAGUCACACUUGAAUUGCACUAUGGUAUUACUCAUGUCAUUACUUAUGGUAUUACUUAUUGUAUUAUUUUUGUAGUUUGACUUUCUUGAAAAAAUGUUACUUUCUUUAUUGUUGUUCUGAGUUUGUACUCGUGAUUGAAUUCACUUAUUGUAAGUCGAUUUGGAUAAAAGUGUCUGCUACAUGAUAUGUAAUGUUCUUUUUAUUUAGAGGUCAUGCUUCUCUCAUACACAACUAACUCACAGAUGUGUCAGUGAUAUACUUAUUAUAACAGUAUAAUAUGAGAUUCAAAAGAUGUAUAAAUGUAUGUUACUAUUUUCCACAGACGUCCAGCAGCUGUUGGUGGUUAAAGAAGAGGUUCCUUCUGAGCAGCAGGUCUGGAGCUCCAGUCUGGACCAGGUGCAUCCAGAGCCCCCGCUAGUUAAAGAGGAACAGGAGGACCAGGAGAACCCUGAGCCCCCCCACAUUAAAGAGGAACAUGAGGAACUCUGGACCAGUCAGGAGGGAGAGCAGCUUCAAGGGCUGGAGGAUGCUGGUCUCAAGUUCUCAUUCACUCCUGUGAAGAGUGAAGCUGAAGAGGAAGCUCAGUCCUCUCAGCUUCAUCAAAGACAAACUGAACAGAUGGAAAUAGAAGCUCAUGGAGAUGAUUGUGGAGGACCAGAACCAGCCAGGAACCCAGAUGCAGAUAGACCUCCAGAUCCUGACGAGGAGACUGGAGACUCUUCUGAACCAGAUACUGAUGACUCUGUUGAUUGGAAGAAGACCAGAGAACCUCAAUCAGGUUUAAACUCGUUGAAUAAUGAUGACGUUUCUGUCAGUGAUUCAAAAUGUAGUUCUAGUAAGAAACCAUCAGGAAAUUUUAAGAAACACAUGCUAACUCACACAAGAGAGAAACCUUUCAGCUGCUCAGUCUGUAAAACAUCUUUUACAGAGAGAGGAACUUUAAAGAGUCACAUGUUCACUCACACACGAGAGAAACCUUUCAGAUGCUCAGUCUGUAAAAUAUCUUUUCCACGGAGCGGUCAUUUAAAGAGUCACAUGUUAACUCACACAGGAGAGAAACCUUUCAGCUGCUCAGUCUGUAAAACAUGUUUUGCACACAGUGGAAAUUUAAAGAGUCACAUGUUAACUCACACAGGAGAGAAACCUUUCAGCUGCUCAGUCUGUAAAACAUGUUUUGCACACAGUGGAACUUUAAAGAGUCACAUGUUCACUCACACAGGAGAGAAACCUUUCAGCUGCUCACUCUGUAAAAGAUCUUUUGCACAGAGCAGUUUAUUAAAGAGACACAUGUUAACUCACACAGGGGAGAAACCUUUCAGCUGCUCAGUCUGUAAAACAUCUUUUACAGAGAGAGGAACUUUAAAGAGUCACAUGUUAACUCACACAGGAGAGAAACCUUUCAGCUGCUCAGUCUGUAAAAGAUUUUUUACACUGAGCAGUCAUUUAAAGAGACACAUGUUAACUCACACAGGAGAGAAACCUUUCAGCUGCUCAGUCUGUAAAACAUGUUUUGCACACAGGAUAACUUUAAAGAGUCACAUGUUCACUCACACACGAGAGAAACCUUUCAGAUGCUCAGUCUGUAAAAUAUCUUUUCCACGGAGUGGUCAUUUAAAGAGUCACAUGUUAACUCACACAGGAGAGAAACCUUUCAGCUGCUCAGUCUGUAAAACAUGUUUUGCACACAGUGGAAAUUUAAAGAGUCACAUGUUAACUCACACAGGAGAGAAACCUUUCAGCUGCUCAGUCUGUAAAACAUGUUUUGCACACAGUGGAACUUUAAAGAGUCACAUGUUCACUCACACAGGAGAGAAACCUUUCAGCUGCUCACUCUGUAAAAGAUCUUUUGCACAGAGCAGUUUAUUAAAGAGACACAUGUUAACUCACACAGGGGAGAAACCUUUCAGCUGCUCAGUCUGUAAAACAUCUUUUACAGAGAGAGGAACUUUAAAGAGUCACAUGUUAACUCACACAGGAGAGAAACCUUUCAGCUGCUCAGUCUGUAAAAGAUUUUUUACACUGAGCAGUCAUUUAAAGAGACACAUGUUAACUCACACAGGAGAGAAACCUUUCAGCUGCUCACUCUGUAAAACAUGUUUUACACGGAGUGGUCAUUUAAAGAGUCACAUGUUAGCUCACACAAGAGAGAACUCAUUUUAGUUGUUUUGGUAAAGUUGACAUUUAUUCGACUCCCUCACUUGUCAACAAGACCUUGAGAAACUGGACCUCCCUCGUUUGGGGCAGUGACUCACUUCCAACUGGGAGGACUCUAUCCACUAACCACUACGAAGCCAUCUUCACUAAGAGAAUAUCAUCUGGGUAGAGUAGUCACCGAGUUUGUUUUGUUUAGCAUUAUUUGCUCUGUUAUUUGUCAUGUAUUUUAUGAGCCACCGAGUGUUCCUGUUGUGCUUGUAGCUGCUGUCAUAGCGAUCCAGUCUGCUGACAUUUGUUGAGUUGAGAUCCUCCACCAAGAAUAUGUCAGCAGACUGUAUUUCAUCAGUUAUCUCUAUGAAGACAUGUCAACAUGUUCUCCUCUAUGAAGACUUCAUGUCAACAUGUUCGCCUCUAUGAAGACAUCAUGUCAACAUGUUCUCCUCUAUAAAGACAUCAUGUCAACAUGUUCUCCUCUAUAAAGACAUCAUGUCAACAUGUUCUCUAUAAAGACAUCAUGUCAACAUGUUCUCCUCUAUGAAGACAUCAUGUCAACAUGUUCUCCUCUCUGAAGACAUCAUGUCAACAUGUUCUCCUCCAUGAAGACAUGUCAACAUGUUCUCCUCUAUGAAGACAUCAUGUCAACAUGUUCUCCUCUAUGAAGACAUCAUGUCAACAUGUUCUCCUCUCUGAAGACAUCAUGUCAAUAUGUUCUCUAUAAAGACAUCAUGUCAACAUGUUCUCCUCUCUGAAGACAUCAUGUCAACAUGUUCUCUAUAAAGACAUCAUGUCAACAUGUUCUCUAUAAAGACAUGUCAACAUGUUCUCUAUGAAGACAUCAUGUCAACAUGUUCUCUAUAAAGACAUCAUGUCAACAUGUUCUCCUCCAUGAAGACAUCAUGUCAACAUGUUCUCUAUGAAGACAUCAUGUCAACAUGUUCUCCUCUAUGAAGACAUCAUGUCAACAUGUUCUCCUCUAUGAAGACAUCAUGUCAACAUGUUCUCCUCUACACAUGAAGACAUCAGCAUCGCCAGUUCAACCCAUCCAGUGGAAUCUAGUCUUUGGCUUUUAUUUUCUACACAUGUGAGACGUUCAAAGUCCAGCUGGCCCUGAACGCAGCACAGCCCAGUAAUGAGAGCCGUUGGCUCCUGCUGAGCUUCACUGUUGAUUUUGAGACAUUAUUAAUGACUUUUUAAGCCCCGUUCUGGAGUCAGUUUUAAGAUCUUUGAACAUUCAACAGAUACUUGAUACUCUUUUUGAUUGUUCUCAUUAAAUCACACAAUAUGUCCCUCAUCUUAGCCAAGAGCUACACAUUAUAAUACAUAUGUGUCUCAUCCUCACUUCAUCAGAACAUGUUGCUAUACACAUUAGUUACAGAUCAUCUUUAGUCAGUUUUACACGUCAUCUAUAAUCUUUACCUACAUGUUGCAGGUUACUUUAAUAUGAAUAGUAAAACCCUCAGAAUGAAGUUUGAGCAGGAGACAGAAUAAUAUGAACGUCCAAUGAUCACAAAAGAUGGAACACGUGACGUCAGAGACGAUCUGGAGACUUUUCAGUUAUUAUAAACACAACACGCGUUACCUUGAUGCUCCAUGGAGCAGCUCCCUGCUGUGACCACCGUCAAGAAUGUGUGUGUGUGAGGAGGAGGAGGAGGAGGAGGAGAGACCCUCUGGUUGCUGUCUCACCCUUGUGGUUGUUGUUGUUGGGACUGCAGCUCAUGGACUGGAGAGUUGAAUUUCAAUUCAAGAGACAGUGUGUGAGAUUUAUCGGCAUCUCGAGGUGACGAGGCUGCAGAUAGCAGCACCAGCAAGACCCCCCCCCCCCCUCCUCAGGCAGCAAAGAAGACCACAACACUCUAAUAGACAGUAAACUUCAGGCCGACUGCUUCUGUCUCAGCUUGUUUGUAAAAUAAAUAAAAUAAUAUUGUGUGCACCUUGAUAGCGCUCUAUAGUCCCACAUGUGUCUCUUGAGCCAGUGUAAGGCCACCAGGUACAGGUGGGGUCAGCUGGGUGAAGGUGACACAAGAUGUGCUCAUGAAUAUGAUUCCUGCGCUGACGUUUAAUGGAGAGAAAUGGAGGAGAAAUAUAUUUUGUGUGUCCCUGAAUUCCAAAGUCAUAUAACUCUACUUUGCAAUACUUCACACACAUGUGCACUGUGUUCACUGUUUUAUUUCCUCUCAAUGUUUUAACCUUGGUCGCAUAUUUUUAAGAAACAACAUAUUGACAUGACUUUUCUCUAUUUCGCUGUUUUUCAUGUUGUCCUUUCAGAAAUGAAAUGUACAGAAGAAGCCUGUUUAUUCCUGGAGUGUUGAAAAAUUGGUUCAAUGUUGUUCUUCCAUAUUUGUCCCAGAGUUUGUAAGCAAGCUGCAGCUGCUGGUUUUUCUUUUCAAACUAAAUAUGUGUGUUCAUGAUAAAUGUUUAAAUGGUUGCUUAAGAAAGUUACAUUUAUAAUUUGCAUGUUAAAUGAAUAUUCUUCAUUUAUGAAAUGUAUUUUUCACUGGUAUGAUUUCCACUCUGUUACAUCCAGAUUAUAAUUAAAUGAAAUCAACAAAUAUUAA